AUGCCGCCAGAGCCCCGGGUCCGCCGCCGCGGCCCGUCAGCACCUGAGGAACACAACCGUAUCUCACCAGCCACCGGCGAGACGUCCGGGACCGGGAGCCUCCGGCAACCCACUGCGCCUGCGCUGAGAGAGUCAGCAAGAGGGCGCUUCUGGGCUCCGUGGGCGGGGCUGAGCAGCUGGCAGACAGCACCGAUCGCGCCUGCGCAGUGGCGUCCUCUCGAGACUUGUAGUACUCGGGUGGUUGGUGGGCACCGACUGCGCCUGCGCGGAGGUCGUCCGCUAGAGGGCGCUAGGCUGCCAGCUGCCGACAGCUCGCCUCCGGGGCUAUACCCCCAGCUUGUGGGGCGGAAGUUUGAGGGUGCUGCCCCAGGUACUUGUGCGGCACCGCGAAACUCUCUCUGCCAAGCCACCGUCGCUAAGGGGCUCAAAGAACUUCUCUCGUGGAACGCCUCCGGAACACUGUAUGGAGAGCAAGCUAGAGCAGUGGUUCUCACCCUGUGGGUCCCAACCCUGCAAGGGUUGCACAUCAGAUAUCUUGUAUCUCAGAAUUGUGCAUAUUUAAAGGAUACACACAUACAUCAUGCAAUGUUUGAGUCAAGUACCCGCAGUGCAGGAAAUGCAUGAGGGAUGGAAGUGUGCAGGCAGGAGGACAGCUGUGGUGGAACUGAAACGAAUCAGAGCAGGCAAGUCCACGGGGCAGAGGAUAGAGAGGAGGCUAACCUGGCC